GGUAACAUCCCGCCAUGAACGUCAUGAGGAGUUUAAACUUUAGUGAGGGACAACAUUGUCUGCCCGCGAUUUGAGAGAAAAUAAGAUUACUGCCACUUCAACAUUGGUCAGCAAGUGGCUCAUCUCUGAAGAUUCAUCACCCGACUAAGACAAAAAUGCCCUCAGCUGUUCCGACGGAUGAUUUACCAAAAUGGGAGCGACCAGCGCCGACCAAAUUUGAUCUGCCAUGGGCAGAGGUCGUUGUGAUUGAUCUGUCAACAUUUGAUGAACCAGGCGGAAAGGAAAAGUUAGUAGAAGAACUUCGAUAUGCUGUAGGUAGCCUUUCCGAGAACGCGAGCUAUCUGAUGGAUAUCUCAGGUGCAAUCGACUGGAUUCUUCGGCCUUACCGGUACCGGAUUCACUGAGGAAGAGGUGACGAGACAACACAGUAUUGGUCAAGCGUUCUUCAAUCUGCCAAAAGAGGAGAGGGAUAAGCCUGAACUGAGGUGCGACUUUGAGAAGGGAAGUUUCUUCGGAUUUCGUGCUGUGAGUUUCGGUCUAGGAAUAGAGCCUCCCUUGCUGAUAAGAGACAGUCUGGUGAGAGGAAGUUGAUGGGAACAGAGAUAUGCGAUAACGUCGAAAGUGUAAGUUUCUGCCCGAAUGAUUAAAAUCGACAUAAUUAAUAGGGUCGUAGUGGAACUUUCCCAAAUACAUACCAGAUCUAGCACAUGAAGCACGCCACAGUUUCUUCAAAAAAUACGAUGCAGAAAUUGAGGAAUUCUCCUGUGUAAGAAUAGAAUUCCUCUGAUUCUUCAAGCAAAAAAUGCUAAACUCACUAUAGCGAUCUCUCGACCUAGCUGCCAAAAUAUUCACACUCUUCGCGAUAAUUCUCCAACUCCCCCACGACUAUUUCUCCUCGAAACACGAGUACUCCUCAAAGUCCGAAGAUCAUCUUCGGUAUAUGAUUUAUCGUCCCCGCUCCGCAUCUCAAGACGCAUUAGUAGACAAUUCGUGGUCUAGCGCGCACACAGAUUUUGGUUCCUUGACUCUUCUAUGGAGCCAGAACGUCGCAGGUUUGCAAAUACAAACCAGAGAAGGAGAUUGGAAAUACGUACCGCCAGUUGACGGGGGUAUAAUUUGCAACGUGGGAGAUGCGAUGCAAUUCUGGUCUGCGGGUUACUUGAAAUCCACGACGCAUCGAGUUAUCAGACCUCCUCCUGAUCAAGACCAUAUCCAUCGAUUAGGUUUAUUUUACUUUGUGAGACCCGGGAAUGAGGUCGAUGUCGCUCCUGCUCCAUCACCGUUAUUGGAGAGACUUGGUUUGAUAAAGUCAAGUCAGGAUGGAGAUACUCGACAGAAGGUGACGGGCAGGCAGUUUGUGAGGGAAAGGGUGAGAAACUAUUUCUGUGCUCAGACCAACUAACCAGGAUCGGAAUGGAAAGAAAUUCAAAGUUGGUGAUCUGGAGAUUGAAGAGGAAGCUGUGUAA